AUGCACUGGUUGACCCAGAAGUCACCUUGGGGGGUAUCGACGACAUUUCUUUCCGCUGCAGAUAACAGGAAAGGGACCUAUGCCAUGGUAACGGUGGAUACGGUAGAUAUCCAGCCCUACCAGAGGUCAGUGUUGGCGGAUAUUGACACGAGUCCGCCUUAUCCCAUGUGGUCCCUAUGGUGUCGUGAAGGUGUUCCGAAGAAGUCGAUACUGAAGCUAGAAGCUGCUGGUAUGUUAGAAGAUUGCAUAGAGGAGACGCGGAGUGGGAUGAUGAUGACGAUACCGGAAUGGCGCAACAGAUGCUGGAAGCCCGAGGGAAAUCGGCUAUACGACCUCUGGAAGCGCAAGCCACUUCGAAAUUUCUUUCGGGAACAUGGCUACAACUUGUGGCUCUCGGAAUAUGAACUCGGAAUCGCAUCUGCGUCCCUGGUUAUCGUCCUUACCAAAACGAACUUUGGCCAAGUCGACAACAUUCAUUGCCCGGCGCGGAUCAUCCACAACCAUGACGUUCUGAUUCGUUUAGUCAGUAUCGAUGGAGACUCCUCGGGAGACGAGCAUUACGAAGCCCUUCGCCGUCUCUCGGCAGGUCCCGCAGCUUUCGGGGAGAUAACCAGGAGCUUCCUCUCUUGA